CAGAGCAAACCUCCCAUGACUAACAAAUGCUGGCCUAGAUUAUGAGCUCAAACAAGAACGCUCGCUACAAUCGUUUCUCCAGUGGCACAACAAACAUCACUACUUCCGAAAACACUAACGGGACAAGAAUGGAAACAACUUUUGGGCCAGCCUACUCUGCUGUGACAACCAUCACAAAGGCUGACGGGACCAAUACUUUUAAACAGCAUCGUCGGACUCCAUCCUCCUCCAGCACGCUCACCUACUCCCCACGAGAUGAGGACGAUGGCAUGCCUCCCAUCAGCACCCCGCGCCGCUCUGACUCUGCUAUCUCCGUCCGUUCGUUGCACUCUGAGUCCAACAUGUCCUUGCGCUCGACGUUCUCGCUCCAUGAGGAAGAGGAGGAGCCAGAGCCACUGGUGUUUGCUGAACAACCGUCCGUGAAGCUGUGCUGCCAACUGUGCUGUAGUGUGUUUAAGGAUCCAGUCAUCACAACCUGUGGGCACACGUUUUGUAGAAGAUGUGCCUUAACAUCUGAGAAGUGCCCCGUGGACAACGCCAAACUGACCGUAGUGGUUAACAACAUUGCGGUGGCUGAGCAGAUCGGAGAGCUCUUCAUUCACUGCAAGUAUGGGUGCCGGCCCGCCGCCAGCAGCAAGCCCGCUGCCUUCGAGGUGGACCCCCGGGGAUGCCCGUUCACAAUUAAACUGAGUGCCAGGAAAGAUCAUGAAAGCAGCUGUGAUUACAGGCCGGUUCGCUGCCCCAAUAACCCCAGCUGCCCACCUCUCCUGAAAAUGAACCUGGAGGCACAUCUGAAAGAGUGCGAGCACAUAAAGUGUCCCCACUCCAAAUACGGGUGCACAUUCAUAGGAAAUCAAGACACUUAUGAGACCCACUUGGAGACUUGCAAGUUUGAGGGUCUGAAGGAGUUCCUGCAGCAGACAGAUGAUCGCUUCCAUGAGAUGCAGGUGGCAAUGGCACAGAAGGACCAGGAAAUUGCCUUCCUGCGCUCCAUGCUGGGGAAGCUCUCAGAGAAAAUCGACCAGCUGGAGAAGAACCUGGAGCUUAAGUUUGAUGUGCUGGACGAGAACCAGAGCAAGCUGAGCGAGGACCUGAUGGAGUUCCGCAGGGACGCCUCCAUGCUGAACGAUGAACUCUCCCACAUAAAUGCUCGGCUCAACAUGGGCAUCCUUGGAUCUUAUGAUCCUCAGCAGAUCUUCAAAUGCAAAGGGACCUUUGUGGGACACCAGGGCCCGGUCUGGUGUUUGUGCGUUUAUUCCAUAGGAGACUUGCUCUUCAGCGGCUCUUCAGACAAAACCAUUAAGGUGUGGGAUACCUGUACCACAUACAAGUGCCAAAAGACCUUGGAGGGUCACGAUGGAAUUGUACUGGCUCUCUGCAUCCAGGGGAACAAGCUGUACAGUGGCUCUGCUGACUGCACCAUUAUUGUCUGGGAUAUUCAAAAUCUGCAGAAAGUGAACACGAUCCGAGCACAUGACAAUCCUGUUUGCACUUUGGUCUCCUCGCACAACAUGCUGUUCAGUGGCUCUCUCAAAGCCAUCAAGGUCUGGGAUAUUGUAGGUACCGAGCUCAAACUGAAGAAGGAGCUGACAGGUCUCAAUCACUGGGUGCGAGCGCUGGUGGCUUCUCAAAACUAUCUCUACAGUGGAUCUUACCAAACAAUCAAGAUCUGGGACAUCCGCAACUUGGAGUGCGUCCACGUGCUGCAGACGUCAGGAGGCAGCGUCUACUCCAUCGCUGUGACAAACCACCACAUUGUGUGUGGCACCUACGAGAACCUCAUCCAUGUCUGGGAUAUAGAGACAAAGGAACAAGUCCGCACACUGACCGGGCACGUGGGUACGGUCUACGCCCUUGCUGUCAUCUCCACGCCAGAUCAAACCAAAGUCUUCAGUGCAUCGUAUGACCGGUCUCUCAGGGUGUGGAGCAUGGACAACAUGAUCUGUACUCAGACGCUGCUGCGACACCAGGGCAGCGUCACCGCCCUCGCCGUCUCCAGGGGCCGCCUCUUCUCCGGCGCUGUGGACAGCACUGUAAAGGUCUGGACGUGCUAGCGAGAGCCCCACGCUCGUCCUGCACACGGAAAGGCCAAACCCUCCUCCCUCCGUCGGCCUGCUGGGUGACUAACGCCACUACGAAAGACCCGCUGCAGCUCCUCUCCGCACCGACCACUGCCUGC